GAUUGAAUGCGGCAUAUGUGUGGAAUAGAUGACAGUUGUUUCCAACUCUUUUCAAUUCUCUACCUGCUUCUUGAUCCCCCUUCGCUUCUUCGUCUUCUCCAAUCCACGCUUACAGCUCAUCAAUAAAACAAGUCCUUUGCUGGCUUACACGAAUCAACCACGCUUCACAUCGUGCUCUAAAUGCCCAUUCUAAUUUCUGUUUUUAUUCCAUACUCCGUCCUUCAGGAUGUAUUUAUACACUCUUUGCCAUUGAACACACAUCCCAUGAAAACCCUUCAGUAACGCCGAAACCAAACCAUGCCCGUAAAUAUCAUUUACCCCCGAUCGAACCUCGGCCGCGGCAGCUUAUACAGUAGCUACGAUGCGGUCGCCAAAAACGACAUCAGUCCAUCCACUGCUCAAUCCCGGCUCGAAGCUCUUCUUCGAUAUCACCCCACGCUGGGAGCUGGUUGUCUUGAACAGGAAGAACGCCAUUUGCCGCGGGAUUCUCCUCGUCCUCCUGUACCUUCUGUCUACGAAAUACCCAGUUGUACACUCUAGGGAUGAAUACCUCUCUGACGUCCUUGUACAAAACAGCCAUGCCGGGUGUCACGAAAAAGCCGAUCACCAUCAGGACUUCAGGCCUGGGCCAGCCUAUUUCAACGAUCAGAAUACUCGGGAUAAAGACGUAGAUGAGAUGACAACUAUCGACAUACCUUUCUGUCCUUGAGAAGAACAUGUGACCUCACCUCGGCGGUCCAAAUUCUUGGGUGUCGAAGAAGGCAGGAAUUGCUUAGACAUCGGUCAGCCAUACUCGCCUCAGCCCGACGAGGUAAACCUACCUGAACCAAACACGCCAACCCCAGCGUCACCAAGACCACUCGGAGGAAGAACCUCGUCAAAGACCUGGUUGCGACCGAUGAAGAGAGGACAUCCAAGCAAAGCACCGCGCCAGCUUGAAUAAAGUGGCUGGCUUCUUUGACGUUGCCUCCAACGGCAAUCAGCCAAGCCACCAAGAGGCACUCCACCGAGCUCUGGGGUCGCAGGACCGAGUCGGCUGUCCAAGUGCGACUCCGGACAAGGAGAUUGUGCUGGAUCUCAGUCCCUGCCGCAGCGGAGAUGAUGAUCAUGGGUAGGACAUGAAGCGUCGGGCCGCCAGGGAAGAGGUAUACGGCCGCGGGCAUGACACCCGCCAAAGCGAGAACCGUUCUCAAGCGAGUUCGGGGUCCUAGCGGCAGAUGAAGAGCGCUGACUGCAACACCGUACACGAACCCGAAGCCGAGUUGAGCAACCAUUGCUCGAGACACGGAGAAGUCAGUUGUGAAAAUUUCUAUGACAAGGAUGACGAGAGGGUUGGCGACGCGACCCCUCUGCUGAACAUCCUCACCCUGCCGAGGAGCACCGUCUCGUCCAAGGAUGCGAAGGUACAGUCGAUGACAGUACGUUCGCACUCUUCUGGAGCACGCGGCCAAGUUGGCACCGGCGUCUCUGAGGAUCUGAACGGGCAUUCCGCUAAAUUCUCUAUAUUCUCCUUUUGAUUUGUUCGUAGCCGAGUUGACGAAGUCGACAAUGAUGGGUGGUACUAGUGUGCCAUCGUCAGCUUCAUCAUUUCUACGUUGUGUCUCCAUUCUCAGAUAGGGUACCGUCCCAACUCGUGCUCUCCAUGAUGGCAUCGUGCGUAUGUGGGACUUGAUCCAUCAUCACACCUUUAGCCCACUCGGUCGGCACCACUCGGUGGCUUCCAGCGUCGGCCCAAGACAUUGACUGUCGACAACGUCCACCAAGAAAGAUACGAGAGCACAACACUAACCUGAGGCCUUGAGUAUUCACGAUCUGAAAACGUUGCAUUCACUUCCCAAACAAGUUGGAGUUCUGUUGUCCUGGAUAUGAUUGGCAAUGAAUGGGAUAUUGUGAGUGAGAAACACUGUGUGCGAGGAAGAGGGGGCGACAAUGGAAAUUACGAUAUCAAGCUUGCGAUGGGGGGAGUCCCAAAGACCCCCAAAUUCUCGAACAUCAUUUCAACUCGGUCGAUGACAUCCGUCUGGUCACCCCCCCUGUUCUGCAUCCCGACGCAGACCGUCGUCGUCCCUCUCCCAUCCGAGGGCCUCUGGCUCAACCGAUAAGGGGCUCGCCAGUCACUCAUCACUACAAGCGCCCCUUUUUCAGGCCCCUUUCCAGGUUACCAAUUGACCAAGAACCGUAGAUAACGGCAACCUUGGUCCAAUUGGGCGGUGGGAGCCGCCGCAUAACUCCUCAACUCGCCGUCAUCGCCGAUUGGUUUUUACAGAGGCCACCAGCCUGCGCACACCUGUAGAAUUUCAAGAUGACCAAGCUAAGGAAAGGAGGGGUAAUUCGCCCGAGCCUCGACUCGUUAUACGACGCCAUGGUGUAAUGGAGCAGGCGGACGAUGCCGUCAAGGAGGCAAGGAUGCUUGCUGCAAUGCCACUCGCCGGUGUACGACGUUCAGCGUUGACAUGUUUCAGUCCACAGACUUACAUGUAUCUCUACAUAUUUACUGAGUGUAAGACUACAAGCCAGAGUACGAGGUGGGAAAUCAUCUUGUAGUCGUGAUUGGUUGAGGGUGACAGCUAGUCUGUCCAAUGAUACCCCCUCAACAAACGCCACACGAUAACCCGACCCGGGGCUUACCACUCUCCAAUCUCUCUCGCGCAGCCCAGUUUCCUAACACUUUUGACUUCCCCUCUUUUGUCGUCAUUUGUGAAUGUGUCUGUUUUUCGUGUUUGAUCAAAGACCUCGUCUAAUAGCCCAUCGUCGAUGUGCUCUACAUGAUUUCUCGCCUAUUAUCUACUCCGGAUCACAGGAAAGUGCUACUUUACCCGAGGCCGAUACCGCUCCCUUGAAGCGUUGUUUGGCCGGUCACAAGAGAAAUCCUGUUCGGCUCAAAUCUGCUGGCUCGUUUGUCAUUCUACACAGCUACUAGGCUAGCCCAUCCCCCGCGGUUUGGUUCCGCACUUGAUCAAACAUGGCUGUUCCGUGUCUAGCCAUGACAUUCGAUGACAGGGCCAUACAUCAAGUACGACAGCUGCGUGAAGAUUACGGAUUCAACACUCAACACACAUGGCCUCGGCGCGAGCAGCUCGCUAUCCCCCAGUACAACAGCCAAAUGGCCGUGGAUACACUUCACACUCCCCCAUUGGGCAACCCCGGGGAAAGCACGUGGAAAGCGUCAUGUGACCUCGCGCCGCAGCUUUCCAAGAUAACGGCUUAUCUUAGAUCCUAUGUAUUGCAACGCUCCAGGCUAUCCUGUACAGCAGACUCCGGCAUUUCUUCUAUUGAGAAAGCAAACACCAGAGGCUUUGUCUCCACAAGCCCUCAGACAUCUUCAUCAGCCGUUGCUUCAAAAAGAGGAGCUUCAGAACUCUCUUCAUCCGCGAGAGCAAGGCCAUAUGUCCACCAACCAAGACCAAGCAAGAGGUCACACAGCAAUGACGGCGACUCUGACCGCGACGAUGAGGACCCCAAAGCCUCCACAAGCAAGAGAACGAAGGGAAAGAGCACUCAACACCAAUUUGCCUGUCCUUUCUGGAAACUGGAUCCAAACAAGCAGCGCUUAUGUUACAGUGCCACGCUCUCGGAGAUCAGAUACGUCAAGCAACAUAUACUUCGACGUCACGUGCAGCCGAUUCACUGUGUAAUCUGUAUGGAAACCUUCGACACCAACGACGAUUAUACAGUUCACUUGCGGCAAAGGUCCUGCACGCACGAUCACUCUUCAAAACCUGAACCAGAAGGAAUCAAUCCAGCCCAGAAACAAGUACUUCUUUCUUGGAGAGCCAAAAGAGGUUCAUCUAAGGUAGAGCAAUGGUUUGAACUAUGGAAGAUAUUAUUCCCUACCCUCCCCUCUCCAUCCUCGCCUUUCAUGGACGAAGACAUCCUGACACAAUCCUAUCCCGUAUACAUUCCAGAGCGGUUGAAUGAAGCCAAAUUCAGUAGAGUAUCUAGAAUGUCGUCCAACAAAUGGAACAAACGUAGAGGCUUACCUUCAUUGGGAAUCGGUGCGGAUGAGAAAGCCAACAGGGAACGCAGAUUUCCAUGUCCCUAUUAUCAGAGGUUUCCUCAGAGGUUCUGCUCGCCAAAAUGGCGGAGCUGCUCAGGGCCCGGAUGGCCCACGAUGGACCUUCUCGAGGAUCACAUCUACAGCUGCCAUGCGGCGCCGCUGUCAACCUGCCCUCGAUGCCGUGAACCAUUCAAUUCGAAAAUGGAUCAAGUUGAACAUUUGAAAGCAGAGAAGAUAUGCGCCAUUAGAGAAGAGCCUUCCGAGAUGGAAUGGCUCGAUAAGUAUCAGAAACAACGGCUACAACAAAGAUCCGGGGAGACAAAUGAAGCUGAAAAGUGGAGAGAAAUGUACUCGAUACUAUUUCCAGGCGCCCGGGAAAUACCUAGUCCUUACUAUGAAGAACCGGAGAGUCAUGCAAAACGGAAAGAUCCGGCAGUUGAAAGAUACUCUGAGUUCUUGGAUAGAGAACUUCCUCAGGCUGUUCGACGCGAACUCGACAAAAUGGGAUUUUUGGAAGACGAAAUGACGAGCCAACUUGUGGGAAUUGUUAGGGAAGCCCAAGCCUCUCUUUCUCGACAGUACGAAUUUUCUAUGCUCUUCGACAGCAAUGAAGAGUCGAAGAAGACUGAAUCGGUGGGAAACACGCUUCUCGAGAGAUUCUAUUCCCCGAACUUAACUCUCAAUGUUCAGACGCAAGCCCAUAACGGAGAUCUCUUCAGUACUGCGGCCUAUGAUGGUUCGAAAUCUUCUGAUACUACACUUUCAAAGUGUCAACCUGAUGGAUAUCCACCGGAAAACACAUUUUGGGCUGCACAAUCUGAGCAGGACCCGUUUGAGUGGGCGUCAUUUGAAUGGGGACCUCUUGAACCGACGGAUUUCCUCGAGGACAUUCCCGACCUGAAAUGACACCACUUGAUCAAGCUGGGUCGCAAAAGCUUAGGAUGAUGGAUGGUGUGGCCGCAACUGAGUAACGUGGUAGCUUCCUGCAAAUCGAGAACGAUGCGCAGUCGUAGCUGAAAAAUUAAGGCUCAAAUUUCAAAUAAUUUUUACAGGAUGGAAACAGGCCCAUUGAACAUGAA